AUGGACGACGCUAUUCUCGACAGAUUUGUAAUGGGCAUGCUCCCAGGUCGAGAGCGUGAAAAGCUGUUCACGCAGAAUGUCGGCGAGCUCACGUUGCCUAAGGCGAUAGACUUGGCGGAGAGCAUCAGGGUUGCUCGCACCGGUGGCGCUGCCGCCGGCCCCGCUGGAGCGCCGGUGGCCACAGAGGCCAGCGGCCAGCUGUUCCAGAUUGAAAAAGCACCUGCGCGCUCGUCUGCUGCGGCGUCUGAUGUACAGUGUUCGGUGUGUGGUAGAUUCAAACAUAGUGCUACAAAGUGUCGGUUUAGAAAUUAUAAGUGUAGGAAGUGUCAAACAAAAGGCCAUCUAAGUAACAUGUGCAAGGCUGUAAAAUAUAUCGAGUCGGAGGAGGUGAACGAAGGUGAUGACGGUUAAUUAUCACGGAGGCGCUGAGAGAACUGAUUUUAAUAUCGAGGACCAGAUAUUAUAUAAAAAAUAUAUAAAUAAAAAUAGAUUUAAUUGGGUAAGAGGAAAAAUAACAAAAAAACUAGGUCAAAGGUUGUACCUAAUAGAAGAUCAAGAAACUCGUCACGUUAUAAAAAAGCAUAUCAACCAAAUCGUUUUAUACAAAGGGAUGCCAACCAAUUCACCCACUACAGAAUGUACGGUGCCCACUAGACAGCUGGCGCCGACCGCACAGGAGCCCACCAUAUUCCUGCCCGUACCGGGCCCAGCAGCCUCCACGAGUGUCAACGCGACAUCCACGACGCCUCCCGGAGAACCUGAUGGCUUGGAUACUCUUCAUCCAGCGGAGAGGGAAGAGGGUGAUAG